CGGGAGACCAGGGUGUGCCCUAGAGAUCCCCACCAGAGAGACUUGAUGAACUCUCCCGUCAGCCACUCCCUCUGGUAUAAGGGCCGCCUGCAGCCGGCCACCGCCCCACACUCCCUCACUUCUCUCAGGACAAGCGGUCAGCUCAGACCCUCAAGAUGGCCUUUGUCCCAGCACCAGGCUACCAGCCCACCUACAACCCGACUCUGCCCUACAAGAGGCCCAUCCCAGGAGGCCUCAAUGUUGGAAUGUCCGUUUACGUCCAAGGAGUAGCCAAAGAGAACAUGAAACGACACCUUCUCUCUGGCCUCCAGGUCGUGGUAAAUGGAAAUCCCUUCUAUGAAUAUAGGCACCGGCUGCCGCUACAGAUGGUCAACCAUCUGCAUGUGGAUGGAGACUUGGAACUCCAGUCAAUCAACUUCCUGGGAGGCCAAUCUGCCCCAGCCCCAUAUCCGGGACAUAUGGCUAGCCCACCUCAACCUGGUCCUGGGUACUACCCUCCACAGAUGAACAGCCUGCCUGUCAUGGCGGGACCCCCAACCUUCAAUCCGCCUGUGCCAUAUGUGGGGACCCUACAUGGGGGGCUUAUAGCCCGAAGGACCAUCAUCGUCAAGGGUUAUAUACUUCCCACAGCCAAGAACUUUAUCAUCAACUUCAAGGUGGGGUCGUCCGGGGACAUAGCUCUCCACAUCAACCCUCGCAUGGGUGAGGGCGUGGUUCGCAACAGCUUUAUGAACGGCUCCUGGGGCUCCGAGGAGAGGAAGAUCAGCUACAACCCAUUUGGCCCUGGGCAGUUCUUUGAUCUGUCAAUCCGCUGCGGCACCGAUCGAUUCAAAGUGUUCGCCAACGGCCAGCACCUUUUCGACUACUCACAUCGGUUCCAGGCGUUCCAGAGGAUAGACAUGCUGGAGAUCAAAGGUGACAUCACCUUGUCCUAUGUCCAGAUCUGAGCUCCUCCUGGGGAAGACGGAAGGCCCCCCAGUUCUGUCUAAGCCCUAAUAAAACGUCUAAGGGG